UUUGACACAAGAGGCGGGCGUGUGUUGUUGAAGUAAUCUUUUUCAAAUUAAAUUAAUUGCUCUUUUCAAUGUCCUGAGUAUUACCAAUAAACAAGAAUUCGUCAGUAAUGAGUUAAAGUUAAUCUCUAUUUCUAGAGACGAACACUUUAUUCCCAAAAUGAGUAGGUGCGACUUUAAAAUAGUUUUGCUCGGGAGCGAGCAUGUAGGCAAAACUAGUUUAGUUUUAAGAUUUGUGAACUGCAGAUUUAACGGAGGCACUCCUUACCAAAACACGAUCGGGGCAGCGUUCUGUGCAAAAACGAUGCAGUCGAAUGGGAAAGAUUUCAACAUUGGCAUCUGGGACACAGCCGGCAGUGAACGGUACGAAGCGAUGACGCGUAUGUACUACCGAGGUGCGCACGCGGCGAUAGUGUGCUAUGAGCCUUCCUGCUUAGAAUCCUGGGCACGACUAAGGCAUUGGUUGCAGGAAUUAAGGACUGUUGAGGAGGAGUGCAAGGUCUACCUCUGCGGUACCAAGAAGGACCUCCUAGACUCAGGACUGGUCUCCAGGGAAGUGCCAGAGGAUAUAGUCGCCACUUACUCUCAAGGGCAUAGAGGGCACUACUUGACCUCCAGUAAAACGGGGGAGAAUGUUGAUGAGUUAUUCCAAAAGAUAGUAGACGAUUGUGCCGCAGACAUGCGAUUAAUGAAAAACGUAGAAGAAUUACGACUCCAGCUGUUGAAGGAUGAAGCGAUAUACAAGUCCAAGAGGAAAGAGUUUUGCUCGUGUUGAUACUGCUUGAUGGACGGACGACCUUUUUUUAACCACAACUGGUAAGCUGGCCUGCAUCUCUCCAGAAGUCGUGAUGGUCAGGUAUAAAGAUUUUUGCGUGUGUUAAUACUGCCUGAUGGACGGACGAUCUUUUUUAAUAACAACUGGAAAGCUGGCCAAAGCACGAUCUCACGAGUUUAUUUCAUCCAGUCGCUAAUAGCUAUCUUACUGAGGUCAUCGGUCCAUCGAGCAUUGCGUCCUCAAAAUUAAAUGCAGUAACUUACCACUCCGACUUAAAUAAAUAUUGUUUUCAACGUCAACGUUAAUUUGCUGGCAAAGUCUGUAUUCUAUGUCUGUCUUUUUUUCUCACUAUACCCCAUUGGUAGGUGUGAAAGAGACAAAUAUAUGCGACUCAAUAGGGAUGAUGAUUGGGUAAUGAAAUCGAAAUUCUAUUUAGUCCGUCAGAAAUAUAAUAAAAAAAUUUUGGACACAUUUUUUUUUU